ACCAAGACCAAUUUCCAAAAUUUGGUCCGCUGUAAGCAUCUCCUCCUCCUUCUCGGUGGAUUGUACCUUUCCUCUCUUUCACUUCUCCUUUCUCUCCUCCCCUUUACAUUUCCUUCCUCUCAGACACUGCCUUCGCACUUCACUCUGUUCUUUCCUUUUCUUUCAUUACGAUUCUUGCCCAUCAUGUCCGACAGAGUCUUCCCUUCCUCUAAACCCGCCGCCAACGGCACCGCCACCAAUCCUAAUGCCACCGCAACCGCCAACCCAACUGCUCCUUCUAACAAAUCUCAUCUCAUCAACCCCACUGCCCGGCCCCCUUACCGCCCACAGCCUCACAGCCGCCGCUACCGUUCCCGUAGUGGCCGGAGCAUUUGCUGUUGCUGUUUCUUCUGGAGCUUCAUUAUCCUCUUAUUACUCAUCCUCCUCGCCGCAAUUGCUGGAGCUGCUCUUUACAUCAUCUACCGUCCCCACAGACCCACUUUCUCCAUUCCUUCCCUCCGUAUCCACCGCCUGAAUCUCACCACCUCCGCUGACUCCUCCUCCUCCCACCUCUCUACCCUCCUCAAUCUCACUAUCAUUUCGAAGAACCCCAAUUCCCAUCUCACCUUAUUCUACGACUCUCUCACUAUAUCUUCAUUCUCGAACGAUGUGUUUCUCGGGAAUGGGACGUUACCUGCUUAUAGCUUGAGCACGAAGAACGAGACUAGCUUUCGAAACGUAGUGAUUUCAGGCUCAAAUGAGCUGGACGCAGACUCCGUUAACUCAUUGAGAUCGGAUCUGAAGAAGCAGAGCGGUGGGGUGACGUUGAAGAUUCAGUUGGACGCUAAAGUGAAAGUCAAGAUGGGUGGACUGAAGACGAAGAAGGUGGGGAUCAGGGUUACGUGUGAAGGGAUUAAAGGGGCUGUACCCAAAGGCAAGUCUCCGACGGCUGUCGUAACUACUGGUUCUAAGUGCAAAGUUGAUCUGAGAAUCAAGAUCUGGAAGUGGACUUUCUGAUCUGUUAAUCACUGUUUGCUUCUUUUUUUAUUAUUAUUUUAUUUUAUUUUUUUUGGGUUUUGUAAACUUUGAGGAGUGUGUUAUUGUGCAAUUAUGGAUUGGGAAAGGAUUACUUGAGAUUGUUAGCAGAUUAAGUGGAGAAAAAAAAAGUGUUGCAAUCAAGAAUUUUUCAAUUUUUGAUAUA